GUGUAUGGAGAGGAGGAGCCCAGUGCUGGGCGUCCAUGGCUCGGCUCCCCCCCCCCCUCUAUGAGGACGUCACACCGAGUCCUGGGAGUGAGAUCGGAGCUCAGCAAACAGGCAGCCGAGCCCAACAACUUGUCACCCCAACAAAGCCCCCUCCGCCCGGCCUCCGUGUCCCCCAGCCAACUUUUGCUGCGUGUUGUCACUUGGCCGCCGGAGGAUCGCGGGGGGGGCUCCGUCUAUGUCGGAGGCGGGAUCGGCGAAGCUCGGGGAUCGAAAGGUCAGCGACUCAGAAAGCAUUGAAGGAAGAAUCAGUUGGGCAAAUGGCAUUGGGGACGCAGGUCAGCAAAGGCACCCCCUGGAUUGUCUGUAAGUGCCACUUUAAGCCCUCAAACCUGCAGUGAAUCUUUUGCUCCCAUUCACAAAAUGGACAAAGUGAUCACGCAAACGUCUGCUCAAGUAUCCUGAUGGAAGUAGUUGUGGGCAUAAGUUUCUGAAGAUCAUUCUUGAAGCUAUGCUGAACAAGUAGCAUAAGGCUGAGUACACAACUCCACAGCCAACGUUUCCUAUACUGAUUUUGUCUCCCUGCCUCAUGUUCCAUUGCUAAUGGAACGAAGGAAACCGAUUGAUAUGGAACUACGUGAAUCUGCUGCUAAGUCAAGUAAAAAUGAUGAAGAUGACAGACCAACAUCCUUCAGUUGUGUCAUUUGUGGGAAAAGCUUUCCUUUCCAGAGCUCUCUUUCACAGCACAUGCGAAAGCACACAGGUGAAAAGCCAUAUAAAUGCCCAUACUGUGACCAUAGAGCUGCCCAGAAAGGUAAUCUGAAGAUACACCUGCGAACACAUAGGACUGGUACUCUUGGCCAGGUCCAGGAUGUGGAAAUGGGAGAGUCACAUGGAGAACUUGGAGCCUCUGAAGGAAUGGGUGUGUGCGCAAGCCCAACUAAAAGCACGUCUGCUUGCAACAAAAUUCUUAAUGGCUCUUUGCAGUUAGAAGACUUGGAGGCAGCUGAUGAUAAUAACAAGCCUGGUGACUACCAUUGCAUGUUCUGUAAAAACAAGUAUGAUAGAAAAAAAGAGCUCGACCAGCAUCUUCUACAAGUUCACAAGCCAUAUAAAUGCAGGUUCUGUAGUUACAUGACUCUGCGAGAGGAGACCUUGUUAAACCACAUUGAGAAGGAUCAUAUCACAACAGCAAUCCCAUUAAACAGGGAUGGAUUCGCAGAGAAUGGGAAAAAUGAUCUUAAUUCAGGGGAAUUUCCUUGUGAAAUCUGUGGUCAAGCUUUUGGUCAGGCUUGGUUUCUUAAAGCCCACAUGAAGAAGCAUAGAGGAUCAUUUGACCAUGGAUGCCAUAUAUGUGGCAGAAGAUUUAAAGAGCCCUGGUUUUUGAAAAAUCACAUGAAAUCUCAUGGCCCCAAAACUGGGAACAAAAACAAACCCAAAUCUGAUACUGAUCCGGUAGCCACUAUUAAUGAUGUUGUUCAAGAGGAGACUAUGAUGACUGGCUUAUGCCUCUAUGAAGUUUGCGUGAAAUGUGGAAACUUAUUUACAAACUUAGAAAGUUUAAAUGCACACAAUUUAAUCCACUGCAAAAUAGAGGAAGGUUCUAGUGAAGACAAAACCACACAAAAUACUGGUUUGCAAGAUGUCAGUUCAGAUGGACCAGGAUCAAAACCAUAUUUCUUGGACUAUCUGAAGCUACGGCCUUUAGAAGAUACACUGAAAUGCUCAGACAUGCAUCAAGGGAAGAGAGUUCCUGAACUUGACCCAAUCAAUAGCUAUCAAGCUUGGCAGCUGGCCACAAAGGGCAAAGUUGCUGAGCCUACAGAAUAUGUGAAAUAUUUGGGAUGGGAUGAAACCUUGGCCGAUGCAGAUGUGUGUUAUGACCGAGAUAAAGGCGAAUACAGUCUCGUCAAUCAGGAGAAACGCAAACGAGAGCCUGAAGGUAACAUCACCAGCAAUCCAAAAAAACGGAGUUGCUCAAGUGGGGCUCGCCCCGAGAAAAGCAGCAGUGCUCAACCUGUCGAAAAUGCUGUCGAAACGCCUACUGAUUUGGAAUUUAGGCCACCUUCACGCCAGAGCCGCAGGUCUUCUCAGAACAAAUCCACUGAAUGCUUUGAAUGUGGGAAAAUAUUUCGAACAUAUCACCAAAUGGUGCUUCAUUCAAGAGUCCAUCGAAAGGAACGUAGAAGUUUGAGUGAAAGCGGUUCGGUUACGCACACUGACCGCUAUGGAUCAAAUAGUGAAGGCGACUCUGCUAGUAGACCCAGCAGUCCUGACUCUGCUUCCGCUCCAGAAGACUCUUUGGCUUCUGGCAUUGGAGAUGAAGGGGCUGAUGAUGACAGCUUUGAAGAAUCGGCUACACCAUCACCAGGUGUGAAAUCCUACCACCAUGACUUCUCUGGUGAGGAUACUCCAAUGGAGAUUUCAAAGGCAAGCCAUCAUCAAUCUGUUUCUGAAGACGCAAGCAAAUGUGAUGAUAACCAGAUUAAAUUGGAUGUGCAAAAUCCUCCAUGUGUGAAAAGCGAAUUUUCACAAGAUUUGAAAGUACCAGCUCUGAAAUACAACAUAGACCCUCACAAAGUUAUCCAGGACAGUAGUACAUCGAUUUCUGUGGUGCAAAAUAAUGCUGAGACUGUUGACAAAAAACAUUUGGCAUCUGAGAAAAUGCAUCCAAAUGGAAUGGCACUUGAUUUACUUAAGGAACGUUCAGCACAAGACGCUACCACUGUGGUUAAAGAAGGUCUUAAUCCACUGGAUCUAAGUGAAAAAUCAAGUAGAGAUGAGUUUUGUAGUAAGAGUGCUACUGAAUCUUUGAAGGCUGCAUUAGUUAUUCAUCAAUGUCCCUACUGUAGUCAUAAAACUUUUUAUCCUGAGGUUUUGUGGAUGCACAAAAGAAUUUGGCAUAAAGUCAGUUGCAAUUCCAUGGCUCCGCAGUGGGUUCAACAAAAUGGGUUUAAACAUUUGAAAAAUAAUGUGCUUUUUCUUGUAAGAAAUGGACGCACCGGUCCUCCUCCAGCACUUGGUGGCAAAGAGUGCCAACCAUUGCCCAUUGCCAGAUUCACGCGUACACAGAUGCCUAAUGUACCUUCAGCACCUAAAGGCAGCCCUGCAACAAUGGCAAACACUUCAAAGGCUACUUCUGGAUCUCAGGUGCGUGAAAACUCUCGUGGGUUUAAUGGACCUAAAUCGGCAAGCUUGAAUGCACAAAGACAGCCCAAAGUGGCACAUGCUCAGGAGCAAUACAGUUCAGUGGUACAACCGCCUGCGUCAAAGGCAAAAUAUGAUUCAAGCCCUAAAUUGAACCAAGCUGGAAGCUACAGCAGAAGUCAUACACCUUCUCUAACAUCUGUAUCUAGACAAAUUUUGCAGCCUUCUAGUAGUAAACAAUCCGAAAAAUACCUAAUUUCCCAGGGAGUGCCUAGUUAUGCAUCUCCAAAUAAACUUUCUUUGCCUGAUGCGAUUAAAACCAAAUUCACAUUGUCACAACCACAAUUUCCAUUUCAUAAAGUAGAUCCACAUGUUAAACAGGAGAGCCCUCUAGUGCCUCAAAGGGAAUCUCAGGCCAAGAAUAUAAAUGAAGUUGGAACAGCGCCUAACUGUAGUGCUGGAUCCAAGUCAAGCUCUGUUUUGCAAACUCAGUCAAGUGCAACGGGUGCCUCUUCGCCUUUUCAACCAGUUAAACAAGAACAAGCACCUGAGGGCCAUGAAAAGAAACUAGACAUUUUAAAUAUCUUUAAGACCUACAUUCCAAAGGACCUAGCUACACUGUACCAAAGUUGGGGAGCCAAUAACAAUAAUUUGGAUAAUGCAGCAAUGCUUAGGACACAAGCACGCCAAGGAGAUUAUGUUUGCAUCGAGUGUGGAAAGUGUUUCACCCAGCCAAGCCAUUUAAGGACCCACAUGAGGUCCCAUACAGGGGAGAGACCAUUCCAGUGCAGAUAUUGCCCAUACAGUGCCUCUCAAAAAGGGAAUUUAAAGACUCAUGUGCAGUGUGUGCAUCGGGUACCUUUUGAUAACAGCGAAUACCCCGACAAGCAGCUCAACCAACCCCAAAGUGACAAUCCCAUCAGUUACAUGGAGGACCAGCUGGAAAACUUGCCUUCUAAUCAUCAAGUCACUGGAGCUGUUGCAUCAAAGUGAAGAUAAAAUGUGACACCUUCCCUCUUAGUGCAGCGAUACUCCUGUACUAGUGCUUUAUAAUAAAGAUGUAGGUGAAUAUACAUCCAUAUCAUUUAAAAAGCUAUUCAGACUUAAAAAAAUAGCAGAUGCUGAGAAGGCACAUGACUCAGUCGUGAAGCAGAAUUUCAUCACACACUGGAUGGAAGGGUACAACAUAACACAGCUGGGACAGUUUAAGCACUGAUCUGUAAUCUGCUCCAGAGGACUACUUUUGAGUGUCAGAGGAGUAGCUGAGACAAGGCACAAUAAGUAACGUGUUGGAUUUAUUUACCACUGAUUUGCUUAAAGCCGGACUGUUCAGUGAUGCUGCAUAAUAAUAUGCAUUUAUUGAAUCUGAAGGCCAGCCCACAAGUUUGGUGGUCUUAAUUCUGACGGCAAAUCACAAUGUGCCGCCACGUUCUGCUGUUGACAGAAGUGAACGAUAUAACACUUAACGUGAUGCUACAUAAACACUAAUACAGUAGGAAAAAUGCUUCUUGAUUUUACUCUCAGGACCUUUUUUUUGUUGUUUUUUAAUAAUAGGGCUACUUUCUUACACCUGCUCACAAAUGAUUAUGCAAUGUUUCCCUUUAUAAAUGCCACACAGCAGCUGCAGAAUUUAGUACUGUACUAGGUAGGGAUAUUAAAACAAAAAUUUAAAAAUAGUUGCGCAUGGGAUAGCAUGUAUGCAUCUCCCCACUGCAAAAAGCACCCUUCUCCAAGCCGGUACCUUGAGAGAGGUCUUAAGAUUUAUUUUUUCCCCUGUUAUGGCAUGUUUGAUGAUGUUGCUUAUUAAGUUGUCUCUGUUAUUUGGUGGCAUUCAGGUUGUGGGGGGAAUAAACACACAUAUAUAUAUAUAUAUAUUAAAAAAAAAAAAAAAGCUUUAUAUACCUCUUCUGCAGCAUUUUUAUGGUGAGGUGAUGGUAAACAAAAAUAAAGCAGCGAGCUCGGUUUACCCCUUCAGUCUAGCAGACAGCACUACAGUGCUGUUCACUGAGAGGGAUUACAUAUGUGUUCAUAGAUAUUAUUUUGCCCAUUGUUGCUGUGACACCAUGUGUUACAACAACACAUCUAAGAGUUCCAAAUUUUUGCACAUAUGAGUUUAUAUGCAUUAUCAACAAAAAGUUACUGCUGCCUUGAAAAGAAUAUGUUCUGUGAAAAAAAAAAUGCAAAAGCUUUACUAGUGUGUGUGAGUUUUUUUAAUUGUAACCUUUUAUAAAGGCAGGAAAUGGGUAUAAAAUAAAAUCCUAGCAUGCUAAAUAUAUUUUUCAAAAAAGCAAUAAUUUUACAUGUACAGAUAAAAAAAAAAUCUAACCUUUUAAUACUGGUAAGAGCGACAGUUUACUUUGUACUAUAAAGAAUAGCUUGUUUUUUGUAGUAUGUGGGCUUAUGAUAAAGAUUUUGUUUCAAAAGAAUAAAAAAAAAAAUAGGCAUUUUUUCAACAGAUAUUUUAAUGUAGUUUUAUUAUUUUAUUCUAAAUUUAAAUACAUUUUCAAGUUCUUGUAUAGCUAUACCCGAAACUAACUGUUUUAUUUGUGUGUGGUGAUAAGCUGGGCACCAUUUUAUUUGCUAAAUUUGGUGUCGAGAUUAUUGCCUGGGUAGGAGGUGGAUUCAGAAAUGCUUACAUCUGAAGUGUUUUAUUGUAUUUUAAAUAUUUUAUUUUGGAUUCAUUCCAUUUCUUUGCUAAUAAUUAAUCUGGUUGAUAACGGUUUCCUCCAUUUAAUAUGACUGGACACAACACUUAAUUUUAUUUUUGUGUGAAAUGUCAUCACUUUGAAAAAAAAAAAGCAGUGAUUUAAAUACUAUAAUAUACAGUCUGCUAUUAGAACCUUCAAAACAUGACACCUAUGGUAUUAAACACUCCAGUUUGGAGUGAUCUUACAAUUAAAUAGAGUCUUGAUUCAGUUUGGCACAGGUUUUGAAGAACAUCUGACGGUUGGCAGGAAGCAUGGAUGUCACUGAUGCUACAACAAAGUUUAUGAUGUCAAUGUUUCUUUAUGGAGAACAACAGUAGGGGGAAACCAUUGUAGAUAAUUAUAUGCUGUGUACAGUGCAGAAAUAAGAUUCACUUAAUUGAACAAGCAUUAAAAAAAAAAAAUCUCCACGGAUCCUAACAUUUUUUUUUUUUUUGUAAUAUCACCCUAUUUAGUGGUGUAGCUUUUGUGCUAUUUUAUUUUAUCAUCAGUAUUGUGUUGAUUUGUUAUUGUAGAAAUCCUCUAGACUAUAGUAUUUAAAUGAUUUUUGUUUUGUUAUUUAUUUAGUUAACCUGUUUUGAUCAGCUUUUCAAAAUAAAAUACUUUAGCCUGAUACACUCCUGUUAACUAUCUGUGGACUGUUACAUAAAUUUUCCUACUACCUCUACCAAUCUACUGUUUCUCACUCUUUAACAGGUUAUUUUUUACAGCGCUCUAAUGUAAUUUACACAAUAAAGGGUUUGAUUGUUUA